UCGAUGAUGCUGUAGAAUUAAUUCGAAAAUGUAAAAACAUUCUUGUUCUUACUGGAGCUGGAAUAUCAGUUAGUUGUGGAAUCCCAGAUUUUCGAUCGCGUAAUGGUAUCUAUGCUCGUCUACGUGAAGAAUUUCCUGAAUUGCCCAAUCCA